AUGAACUGUCACAGUUCAGGAAGUGCUGUGCCUCCCGUGGGAACGACAGUGGCGGGUUGUAACAACAGCUGUCCCGUGACAUCUAUCAGUAGUAGCGUGUUGUCCAAGGGGUCGAGCACUGCCAUCGUGCCUCCCUCGUCAAACUCUGUCAUCCAAACGCCCCUCCCCAACUCGCUAGGUGUCAUCACCUCAGGUCCGACUGUGACCCCGACAUCAGGAGCUACCGUGACCCUCGUCAGACCUCCUAUGCAAACCGUGCAGUUAGGUCCAACUUUGAACGGGAACAAUGAUGGGAUUCGGACGGUUGCGCCCACGGUUAAGGUGGAGCCAACCGCCACUAACCUUCAAGUUCCAGCGCAGCAGCCUGUCACGUCUGACGCUGCAAGUGCCCCACGUGCUGCUGGUCCAGGUGGGGUCCAAACACUGACGCAACAGAUGUUGUCACCUAGGCUCCCUCUUACAUCUACCGGGCAGCCCAGUUUGCAUAACAUCCAGCUUCCCCCUGGAAUGGUGCUUGUACGCAGUGAGGCUGGACAGCUCCUGAUGAUUCAUCAGCAGGCACUGGCCCAGAUGCAGGCGCAGGCUUUAGGUGGCAUGGCACCCCGAACUGCUACGCCUAACAUGCCUCCAGGCCAGGUUCCUCUAAACACUAUCAUCAGCAGACAAGCAUCUCCGAGCACCAUUAUCCGACAGGGCUGUCCAACUCCAACAUCGUUGCCUUCCACUACUACUCUUCAUAGACCACCUGUCCUUCAUAGUUCAGUGGGGACGGCCAUACAGGGAAUGGCCCAGAGAAGCCAAACAGCUGGGACCACAGUUACUAUGAGUAAAGAGACAAUGGAGAAUGUGAACAAAUGCAGGAACUUCUUGUCGACACUAAUCAAGCUGACCUGUACUGGCAAGCGAUUAAGUGAGGCUGCCAGUGUGAAACAGCUGGUGAAAGACUUAUUGGAGAGUAAACUGGAGGCUGAAGAAUUCACCAGCAGACUAUAUAAAGAGCUUAACUCUUCACCCCAACCAUAUUUAGUGCCUUUCCUCGAGAAAAAUCUUCCCGCCUUGAGGCAACUUACACCAGACUCGGCAGCCUUCAUUCAGCAGAGUCAGCUUUCCCAGCCAGCCCCUGGCUCUGUCUUGUCCACCUCACCAAGUCCUACUACAGUUGUCCUUAGUAGCCCUGCACCUCGCCUUGCCGCUCAACUCAACAGACCCCAGCUUCAGCCAAAUGUUAGCAAACCUGGACAGACGCCGUCAAUUGUAAAGCAGCAGAGAGCAAUGCUGAGACCUCAGGUACCCUUAGCCAUGUCCCCUAUGGUGAAUAUCAGGAAUCAGGUCCCUGGUCGCAUCGUUUUGGGACAGCCGCAGGUCCAUCUUAAAGAGCUGCAACCAUGUGAGCAUAUCACUUCAGUACCUCUUGCUGACUUAAUGGUGGUAUUUUCAUUUACACUGUCCACGGUUUCCCAAUCUCUGACAGUUCCUGCGAAGUCGGUGGCGACUACCAUUUCUAGACAAAGCUCAGCUGCAGUUGUGACUACAAUGCAAAAUAAUAGGCUGAAAGAAGCAGCUGGUACUUUCAAAGAUGACGAUGACAUCAAUGAUGUAGCCUCCAUGGCUGGAGUUAACCUAUCUGAGGAAAGUGCCAACAUCCUUGCAACUGGAUCAGGACUUGUAGGAGCAGUGACACAUUCCUGUAAGGAUGAGGCUUUUCUUUCCUACGUCAUGUUACAGAGGAGAAUGCUGGAGAUUGCCCGCAGACUUGGAGUGACAGACCUCGGUCCAGAGGUAAUAAAUUUAGUCUCACAUGCUACUCAGCAGCGACUACGUGAUCUACUGGAAAGAGUUUCCCUAGUGGCCCAGCAGAAAAAUGGCAAUUUCAAGGAGGAAGAAAACUAUGAACAGAGCAGUGAUGUUCGUUCUCAGCUCAAGUUCUUUGAGCAGCUGGAUCAGUUAGAGAAACAGCGGAAGGAGGAACAAGAGAGAGAGAUUCUCUUAAAAGCAGCUAAGUCUCGAGCUCGUCAAGAGGACCCCGAGCAGCUACGUCUGAAACAGAAAGCUAAGGAGAUGCAGCAGCAGGAGCUGGCACAGAUGAGACAGAGGGAAGCCAAUUUGACUGCCCUUGCCGCCAUUGGCCCUAGAAAAAAGAGGAAGAUUCCUGAAGCGCCUUCUUCCACAGCUGUAACAGAGGGAUCGGGCUCCAUUAUUUCAGGGGGUGUUGGUUCAACGGGCUGCAGGCCCACACGGCAGCGCAUCACACGUGUCAAUCUCAGGGAUUUGCUCUUCUGUUUGGAGAACGAGAGAUUUACCAGUAGCUCCAAUUUUCUCUACAAAGGCUUUCUCAAAUAG